AUGUAUUUUGUAAGAGCUGAAUAAAAAUAAUUGGAGGUAAAUUUUAAAUAUAUAACAAUGAAUAUAUAUGUAAACCAGGUUUCGAUGAUGAUGGAAUUAAUAUCUUAUGUCUACCUGUAUGUGGUGAUUUAAUAAUAGUUGAUGGAGAAGAUUGUGAUGAUGGUAAUCAUAAUCCUUAUGAUGAAUGUUAUAAUUGUCAAUUUUAUUGUGAUUAAAUUUGUAAUGAUUACUUUUAAGGAUUUUGUUUUUAAUUGCAAAAAAGGGCUCGAAAUAAUAGAUAUUAAUCAAUGCAUUUCAAUUUUUGGUGAUAAUCUAUUAGUAAAAUCAGAGGAAUGUGAAAGAUAAUAAUUAGAUUUCUAAUGA